AUGAACUCAACAAAUCCAGCAACAGUUCUGGGUUUCGGUACGUGGGAACAAAUAGUUGACAGGUUUUUGUAUUGUGCAAACUCUUCAAAGGAAACAGGAGGAAGUAAAACGAUUUCAGGUGAAAAUUUACCUGCACAUAGUCACUACAUAGAUUUAAGUACAUCUCAAGCGGGUUGGCAUAAGCAUAGAUAUUGGGAUUGGUCAGCAAUGAUAAAAGGUAAAGGAUAUGAUGUUAAAGACAACGUUAAGUUUGCUAUAGAUUGUUACUGGAGUAACACUGAGGGAGGAGGAAACCAUACACAUCGCGUUUCAGGAUAUACACAAACAACGGGGCAAAGUAAAGAUUACAUGCCGCCAUUUAUGACAGUUUACGCAUGGUAUAGAGUUCAAUGA